UUCUCUCUGUGGGUGGAAAAGGGAAGGCUUAGGCAAGGCCCACGUGAGCAGAGGACUAGACACGGAAGACACCGCCUCCAUCUUCGCCUUCCGAGUCCGGAAAAGAGCCCCCACAACAAGGAAAGGCACCCCUAAGCCAGGAGGGGGGCAUGGCGGGAAUUAAAGCUUUGGUUGGUUUGUCAUUUACUGGAGUCAUUGGACUGACAUUCCUAAUGUUGGGAUGUGCUCUAGAACGUUAUGGGGUUUACUGGCCAUUAUUUGUCUUGAUAUUUUACUUCAUAAGCCCUAUUCCUCAUUUCAUUGCAAAAAGAGUAAGUGACGAUACAGAUGCUGCAAGCAGUGCCUGCAAGGAACUGGCAUAUUUUUUCACUACGGGAAUUGUGGUUUCUGCCUUUGGAUUUCCUAUCAUCCUUGCGCGAGUUGAAUUGAUCAAGUGGGGAGCUUGUGCCCUUGUGCUGGCUGGCAAUGCUGUAAUUUUCCUUACGGUUCUAGGCUUUUUUGUUCUGUUUGGAAGAGGAGAUGAUUUUACCUGGGAACAGUGGUAGACCUCAGUAUGAUACGGAUCUGUCCUAUAUACCUUGACUAUUGACUUGGCAUUUUACAGUGCGUUGUAAUUGUGUGUAUAUACUAUGUAUACAUGUGCAUAUGUUAACCUGUAUUAAGUGCAUGCAGAUAUAGCUGUACAAUGUUAGAAAUGAGAAUAACCUUUGGUCAGAAUCCAUUAAUGCAUUUGGGUAUCAACAUCAGCAAAAUUGAGAGUCCCUUGCCCCACUUUACCCCAGCUGCAGUCCUCCUUGAUACUGAAAAUCUUGCUCUGGAGAAGCAGAUUUCUGGAACAUUUCUGUAGGAUGUAUGGAUGGAUGAAAUAAGAGCUGCAGGAAGAGGCAGGCCUCUAAUUCUGACAGAAGCAAGAGGAACCAGUGGAAGUAAACAUUUCGAUUUUUACCUUUAUAUUUUGGUUGGCCAAAAACACUGAAGACUCAUUGCAUUUCUAAUGCUGGAAUAUGUGUUUAGCUGGGUAUGUGUAAUUUAGGGGCUCAGCAGAUGGCCCCUAAGUGGUGGCUCAGCACUGCCCCUGAAAGCACUGGAUUGGAGACUUGACAACUGCAUGCCACGUCCCUAACCUGAUGCAGAAAGAAGCCACAAAAAGUGGUUUCUUUUUGUGCCAUAGAAAUGGCACCCUUUUUGCAUCCACCUUGGCUCUUCUGCAGCUCUUUGAUGCAGCACAUCUACACACUGUGCCAAAGAUGUGGUGUGAUGCUGCCCGCCAUGCAGUGGGGCAUGCAGUGUGAAGCCGGCAUGGGGACGGAGUCACGGCGGCCAGUGAGCAGUCACCACGUCCCAGCUCUUCCCUGAUGCCAGCGUUUAUUGCCAGUCUGUUGAGGGCCUUACUCUAGCUUGUGAAGAUCUUUGGGAAAAGUCUCCUGAAUCACAGUCUUGGGGCAAAAACAGGGACUAAAUAAAGGGGCAGUGAUUGACUGACUGUAGCAUCCAUUUGAAGGUUGGGAUGGCCUUGAAAGUUAAGGGAGACUUGAAGAGCUGUUGGGAAAUCAAGCAAGGUCAGUCGUGUUAGUCCUUGGAUGGGGGACUACUAAGGAAUGCCAUGUGCUGUAGCCUACAUUUCAGAGGAAGGAACUAAUAAAACUACUUCUGAGUAUUCCUUGCCUAAGAAAACUCUGUGGAGUUCAUUCAUACAUAUGUUGGAGGCACAUAAAAACACAACCCCCUCCCCCCUCAGUAUUCAUAUUAAGUACAACAGUUGCUUUUUUCUCUUCUUUUUUGUGUGCUAUAACAAAAGGUAUUGAGGUUUAUGAAAUACAAAAUUAAAUCUGUUAAAAGAUUAACAAAUUCAAUUUUGUCCAAAUGCUCAUAUAACUGUUCCCUAGUAGAGCUUUCUGUUGUGGCAGGUGCACAGGCCUACUUUAAUUGUGAUACAUGUAGUCUAUCCACUCUAUUAGAAUCUUAAAUCACUAAAGAUUUAUAAUUAUUCAAACAAUCUUGUAAAAAGAGUUUAUUAAAUCUCACCAAAAAAUAAAAAUAAUUAAGUUUUGCAUGACUACGGUCUAAAACACACUGCAGAAAUAAUCCAGUCUGAAACUGCUUUAAUUGCCCUGGCUCAAUGCUAGGGAAUUCUGGGAACUGUGGUAU